GGGGUGUUGACGUUUCUUUUCCAUAACGACAACAAUGCCAUGUGCUAGCAAUUUCCAUAAUUAAAAAUUGUUUUUCUGCCUUAAUUGUUCGCAAUUACCAAUUCAGCUCAAUAAAAUGGAGGUCGAUAGUGCACCAAUUGAGGAAUCUCCCUUGGCCACGAGACAAAACUCGCAGAAGGCCAGCACAGGACAGAAAAAGGAAAUCCGCAAAAUCUUCGUUCCCCGGUCCAGACAGUCCGCGCUGAAGGAGCAAUGGCUGAAGAUUUUCACCCCGGUUGUGGAGCAGUUGUUGCUGCAGAUCCGUUACAAUGUGCGCUGUAAGCAGGUGGAAAUUCGACUCGGUUCGGAGACACGCGAUCCGUCGAAUCUGCAGCGUGGUGCUGACUUUGUCCGCGCCUUCGUGCUAGGAUUUGAGGUCGAAGACGCGUUGGCACUACUACGGCUGGACGAUCUGUUCAUCGAGUCGUUCGAAGUGAACGAUGUCAAAACGUUGAAAGGUGACCACCUGAGUCGAGCCAUUGGUCGGCUGGCCGGUAAAGGAGGACGCACCAAGUUCACGCUGGAAAACUCCACCAAGACGCGCAUCGUUUUGCAAGAUUCCAAAAUUCACAUUCUUGGCAAUUACAAAAACAUUCAGUACGCCAAACGCGCCAUAAGCCACCUAAUUCUUGGAUCGCCAGCCAGUAAAGUGUACGGAAAUCUACGCACCGUGGCUAACAAAAUAUCUGAUAGGCUCUGAGUUUUGUUUGGGUUAAUAAAAAAUAAAUUCUA